GAUGGGCGGGGCCUCGGCGGUGAUUGGUGGAGUCCCAGCGGGGGGCGGGGCCGAGCAGCGGGCGGAGGCGGGAGCGGCGCCCCCCCUGGCGGACCUCGCCGGACACGCAGAUACUGAGUCCAUAUGCAAUAAAAUAUUUGGUGCAAAUGAUCAGAAGCUGGUGGAUGUGGAGUCCUUUGCCCUGAUUGCCAAAUAUUACUCUCUGCCAAAUCUCGGAGUCUGUACUCCGUAUGAACGUCUACAGAGCGUCCUUAAUGAAAAUCAGCAAUCAAGAACUGAUGAGAAAGUGAAGCUAGAUGAAUUUAUGAACAUUAAGAAGUCACAUGAAGUUAAGGUGAUGUCAGAACUUAUAGGCAGCAUGGCAGAUUUUGGUGGCAUAAAGCAGGUGGUUGACCUGGGUUCCGGCAAGGGCUACCUGAGCUCCUUUCUGUCCUUGAAGUAUGGCCUGAAAGUUUAUGGAAUUGAUUCCUCAAAUACCAACACCCGUGGAGCUAAGGAGAGAAACCGGAAAUUGAAGAAACACUGGAAGGCCUAUCAAAGUCACGCCAAAGCAGCUGCCAGCCAGCAGUUGUUAGAAGAGGCACCGCCAGAUAAAAUGAACUAUGAAGCCAAUUUCAACCCACAGCUCCCAAGUCCUACCCACAUCCCCCUUAGUCCGGACAGGAGAGCCGCCUCAGUUUCCUCUUCAUCGGGCCUGACCUGCGACCUCACGGACUCUGUCGACUCCAACACCGUAAGACGGACCGAGGAUAACUUCCGUCCUCAAUCCCAAAUAUACCAGAACCCGGGUUCUGAAACCGUCUUGCCUCUCGUCGAUAUUCUGCCCGUCGAUGCCGUAGAAGUAGCUGCCCUGUCUAAAAAGGCCCGCCAGCGACUUUACGGAGAAGAUGAGGAAGAAGGGGGAAAAGUGAACCCCGGAGGCAGAGGAAACAAGUCUAGCGGAUCCAACAUUUACUCGCCUUUGACUUCCCGUAUCACCGCGGAAUCGGAGCUCCGUGACGUCAUUCCAGAUCUGGAGGACUGCAUAAUCGUAGGAUUACACACUUGUGGUGACCUUGCCCCGAACGCUCUGAGGAUCUUUGCUUCGAAGCCCGAAAUCAAGGCAAUUUGUAAUGUGGGCUGCUGCUACCAUCUGUUAUCGGAAGAGUACGAAAAUCCUGACGAAGAUUGUACUCUGGAAACGUGGGGAUUUCCUAUGUGCCAGUAUUUAAAGGAAGAAAGAUGGUGCUGUGGCCACAAUGCCAGAAUGUCAGCAUGCUUGGCUUUGGAACGAGUUGCGGUCGGCCAAAGGUUACCUACAGAAUCACUCUUCUAUCGAGCAGUUCUUCAGGUUAUUAUUAAGGAACGUUAUGGCAUCAGCAAAUGUGACCGGCAUGUUGGUAAAAUUUACUCGAAGUCUUCCUCAUUCGUGGAUUAUGUCCGAAAGUCUCUGAAGAAGCUUGGACUAGAUGAGUCAAAGGUUACUGAAAAGUGCAUAACGGAUUACUAUGAGAAGUACAGGCCUCGAAUGAAUGAACUGGAAGCAUUUAAUAUGUUGAAAGUUGUUCUGGCUCCCUGUAUAGAGACUUUGAUUCUUCUGGAUCGCCUCUGUUACCUCAAAGAGCAGGACAGCAUUUCCUGGUCUGCCUUGGUGAGGUUAUUUGAUCCCGUGAAGUCCCCCAGAUGUUACGCAGUUGUUGCUCUGAAGAAAUAGCAACGCCGUCGAAUGGAAGCAAGACAGUGGCUGCAUCCAGUGCUGUGCCUUGGAAUGAAUCGGAGUUUCAAACAUGAUUUUUUUUAGAGAUUUCAAUUCACGUUAACCAUGUCGAAUCCUAUUUUCUGUUUACAUUUUAAAAGAAUCAAAGUGUGAGACAUAUGAACCUUAAGAUUAUCAACAUAGUCUUGUGACUUUCACACAGAAACCUGCAAAAUGUGUGAUAGUGAGCUUCAAUUUCGUGAUCACAGUAUAUUGAAAAAUGAUGAUUAAGGAUUUUAAGAUGUUCAGACACCUGAUUUUUUUUUUUUUUUACUCCUUUGAAAAUAAAAGAAAAGUGUCAGCCCAGUGGUAUCAGUUGGU